GACGCCGGCGGCGCCAUGGCGGCCGCCAAGCCCAGCGAGCUCAUGGGCAUCUGCUCCAGCUAUCAGGCGGUGAUGCCGCACUUCGUGUGCCUGGCCGACGAGUUCCCGCAGCCCGUGCGGCCAGCCAAGCUGUCCAAGGGCAAGGGCCGGCUGCGGCGGCCGCGCCAGUCCCGCUUCAAGACGCAGCCGGUGACCUUCGACGAGAUCCAGGAGGUGGAAGAGGAGGGGGUGUCCCCCAUGGAGGAGGAGAAGGCUAAGAAGUCGUUCCUGCAGAGCCUGGAGUGUCUGCGCCGCAGCACGCAGAGCCUGUCGUUGCAGAGGGAGCAGCUCAGCAGCUGCAAACUGAGGAACAGCCUGGACUCCAGCGACUCCGACUCGGCCCUGUGAGGGGCGCCGCCCGGAGGGGGCACAAGCGCGCUUCCGCGGCCUGCCCGGGGGCCCGCGGAUGCACACCAAGAGGACCCGAGCCCCGCGCCGGGGGUACCCCCUCAGGACCGGGGAUCACCACCCCUCGCGCGCUUGGACUCCCGCCCCGCUGCGAACUGGUGGGUGCGCCCUCCGCUGCGCUUGCCCUGGCUCCGGCGCACUCGGGGACGCCAGGGAGGGGGGCUGCUUUCUUUGCCCUUGUAAAUGUUUAUUUUUUAACUCUUCCCAGUACGAACUGUGAGUGUGUGCGGGAGGCGGCCCGCGCUGACAUGCCCGGGUCUCGCCCGGGUCUCGCCAGGGUAGCCGCUCCACGCCCGUGUCUGAUGGUUUGCAACUCCGAUUUUGCACACCGCUCCACCGUGCCCCCCAGAGCACACCUGUUCACACUCACGCCAACACUCUCUCGCUGAACACUUUUAUAAUUGUUAGGCGGGCUGAUGGGACUUUGGUGCGCAGCGCGGCUGCUGCUGCGGCCCGAGGAUUGAUAUUUAUUUUUGCAUUGCAACUGCUGGAGGCGUUUAUUUAACGAUCUUUUUACCCGGAUAUGUCUGUGAGGCUCCUGAAUGGAGACAAAUAAAGUCAGUAUAUUUGCACAGUGUA